AUGGAUCCGCCAUGGGGAGACCCCAGACCCGGUGCGGUCGCUGCACCUAUUUCGUCCAUGUCCGACUCCAAUACAAGCACCAGACCCAAGUCAUUGCCUCGUGGUGGUGGCGCCGGACCUCGUGCAUGUAGAACGUGCGCUGUUGCCAAGUCUACUAGCCGUGUGUCUCAGUUGGAACAGAAGUUGGACGACAUUGUCACUCUGCUCAAAGAAUCGCAGGAUCAAGAUGGCAAAACAAAUACCGACACAAAUGAAGACACAAAUUCGUCGUCGGCAGGGUCCCCGAUGGAGACGUCACAUCUCGAUACCCUGUAUCACAGGAGAACCUCGUCGGCAAUCUAUGCAGAUACCAUCCCACGAUCUCAUCCCAUCAGGACCAUGUUACAGGCACCACCUACCAGCAACACUGGCUUUACGCAUACGUCGCCAAUGCCGGACCCGCGACCUGCAGGCCAGGUGGAACAGUUCACGCCUAGGACACAGCAGGAUGUAUGUCUAGAAGCUUAUAGGUCUUCCAUGGCCACGUACUUCCCUUUUGUGUUGGUUCCUAGUCAUAUCACUGCAAAUGAGCUAGCCGAAAAGAAACCUUUUCUUGCAAAAAUGAUCUUCACCGUGUCCCAUUGUCAAGACUAUGGGCCCCACAAUGAACGAGGAAAAGAGAUACUUCGGCAUCUGACCGACCGACUUUUCCUAGAAGGUGAGAAGUCCUUGGACCUUUUGCAGGGAAUGCUCAUCUAUAUCGCAUGGUAUCGAAUUUUGUUCUACGGCGGCAGGCAAAUAACAACUCUCCUGCAAAUAGCAACUUCUCUGGCAACGGACCUGGGGUUGAACUUGCCAGUCCGGGAAGAUCGGUACAAAACCGUUCAAGACGUAAUCUGGACGCUUCUACAGGGCGUCGUAAACAUUCAGCGCCAGACACUGGAAGAGCGACGUGCUUUUCUAGGCUGCUUUUAUUUAUCCUCCUGGAUUUGUUUCUCGUCGCUAGGAAUGGAGCCAAUUCCAUACACGCCAUACGUCAAGGAAUGCUGUCAAGUUUUGGCAGAGGCAAAUCAAAGCCCGAGCGAUUUACUUGCGGUUGAGCUGGUUCGCAUUCAAUGUGUUAUGAAUUCUGUGCGCCAGGCAGUACCGGCAGGUCCUAUAGAGAUGGAAAAGUUUUAUACUUCAAUCGACCUGCAUAUCAGUGCUGCCCAGCAGCAACUAGAAACUCUUAGAAAGAAUUGGCCUGUCAACAAGGCCAUUCAAGAACAACUAACCCUCCAUUACUACUACGCCGAAAUGCUUCUUUAUGAAAUUCCUGUCUUUCUUAUCCUCAACCGACCUAAUUUUAACCAAUCCGACUGGCCGCCUGCACUCAACCACCGAACAAUAGAAUACCUCACUCUGCUUGGCUCAUCGGCCACCGCCGCUCUAGAAACCUUCUAUGCUAUACACCAUCGGAACUACUUUCAAAUCACGAUGAUGUCCUGGGAGCCGUUCAUACGUGUCCUAGUCAUAGUGCGCAAGCUGAUAUUCCUCAGAGAAGUUCCUGGAUGGGACUAUAAGGAGGCUCGUCGGCAUUUCGACCUGGCGGGAAUCCUUGACAAAAUCACGGCAAACACUACCAAAGCGAGUGAACUGGCGCGACUGGUCAAUAGUGGAACGGACGACGCUUGGGGUGGAUGUCAUAAUACCAGACCAGACCAGCACCAUAUCUUUAUAGACGGUAAAAAUGACAUGCUCCUCGAUCUCGCCGCUCGGACAAGCCGCUUUAAAGCGGGAUACUUCGAGGCUAUUCGCCUAGAAGAGGCCGGUGUGCCUACGGAUGGCCAACCACUGGUUGCUUCGUCACAACCGGCUCAUCAGCAGGUUCCCAGUGACGGUGGGCAGCAUCAAUACCAGCAAAUGCCACCCCAGAACAUAAUGGGCACGGAAAUGUGGCCGGCCCCGGAGACUGGAGAGACAUUGCCAACGAUGGACGACGACUUUUGGCUCGGGUUCUGGCAGGAGUGGCAGCUUAAUUGA